AUGGAUAUCGAGGCGUUUCGCAAGGCUGGAUACCAGGCGAUCGAUCGCAUUUGCGACUACUUCGAGUCGCUUCACAGCAGACCUGUCGUUGCCCAAGUUGAUCCCGGAUUCUUGAUAGACGCACUUCCCGAAAAUGCACCUGAGGAGGGCGAGGACUUUUCGGCCAUCGCGGACGACUUCCAGAAGCUCAUCCUGCCCGGAAUAACGAACUGGCAGCACCCAAACUUCUUCGCCUUCUUCCCGACCGCGAACACCUUCGAGAGUGUCCUGGGCGAUCUCUACUCCUCCAGCGUCUCGAACCCCGGCUUCAGCUGGCUCGCCAGCCCCGCCUGCACCGAGCUAGAGCAGGUCGUCAUGGACUGGACCGCGCGACUCCUCGGGCUCAGCCCCCACUUCCUCUGCGCCUCGGGCACCGGCGGCGGCGCGAUCCAGAACUCGGCCUCCGAGGCGUUCAUCGUCGCCGCCGUCGCCGCGCGCGCGCGGUACAUGCGCGAGAACCCGAACGCACGCAUGGAAGAGCUCGUGCUCUACACCACGACGCAGACGCACUCGCUCGGCGCCAAGGCGGGGCUCGUCCUCGGCCUCGAGGUGCGCGACCUGCAGGUUCGUGCGGAGGACGGGUUCGCGCUGCGGGGUGCGAUGGUGCGCGAGGCGGUGGAGGAGGACAUCGCCCGGGGGAAGCGUCCGUUCUUGGUUGUCGGGACCGUCGGGACCACGAACACGGGCGCGGUGGACCACGUCGACGAGAUCGGGCAAGUCCUGAAAGACUACCCUUCCAUCUGGCUGCACGUCGACGCCGCGUGGGCCGGCAUAUGCUUCGUGUGCCCCGAGUACCGCGAGCAGGGCCAACUCGCUGCCAUCAACGAGUACGCAAACUCGUUCUGCACCAACUUCCACAAGUGGGGCCUCGUCAACUUUGACGCAACCGCGCUCUGGGUCCGCCAACGCCACGACCUGAUCGACGCGCUCGAUGUCACGCCCGCGUUCCUGCGCACGAAGCAGUACGACGCCGGCUCCGCGGUCGACUACCGCAACUGGCACCUCGGCCUCGGCCGCCGCUUCCGCUCGCUCAAGGUCUGGUUCGUCCUCCGCAGCUACGGCGUCGCCGGCUUCCGCGCGCACAUCCGCAAGGGCGUCGCGCUCAACGACCACUUCGUCGCGCUGGUCCGCGCCGCGCCCGAGUUCGAGUUCGCCGCCGCGCCCGUCCUCGCGCUGUCCGUCAUCCGCCUCAAAGACCCCGCGGGGGCGUCCGCGGAGGCCGCGGACGCGCUGAACCGCGCGUUCGCCGCGCGCGUCGCCGCCGCGAACGGGCGGGUGUUCCUCACCCAGUCGACGCUCGCGGGGCGGACCGUGCUGCGCUUCGCGAUCGGCGCCGAGCGGACCGAGGUCGCGCACAUCGAGGGGGCGUUUGAGGUCAUCAGGGGAUGCGCGGCGGAGGCGCUGAAGGAGUUCGAGGCUGGCGGGGCGGAGGCGUGA